AGUCUGUUACACCGCGCACUCGCGUGCGAUCCUCUAUCAAACUGGAGUGUUCCGCGGGACCAGUAUGGUUCGAAAACUUAGGAGUCUCGGAGGGACCCGCCGCGGUGGGCUUACGCCCCGCCGGCGAAGUGCCCACAGUGCGUUCCGAACCCUCCCUACUUCGUUUACUUGAUAGUGAUAGAAGCGGCCAAUUGAGCCGUGCCCGUGACCGCCUCUCCACUUUCUGUAAGAAACUCCGACGUACCAUCAGCAAGGACGGCUCCAAGGUGACGACUGUAGUAGCGACGCCGGGCCAGGGCCCCGAUCGGCCCCAAGAGGUCAGCUAUGCUGAUAUGAAGCUGAUCGGCAAUGGCAGCUUCGGCGUCGUCUACCAAGCCAAGCUAUGCGACACCGGCGAGCUCAUUGCUAUUAAGAAGGUGCUUCAAGACAAGAGGUUUAAGAAUCGUGAACUUCAGAUCAUGCGACGACUGGAACAUUGUAAUAUUGUAAAAUUGAAAUACUUCUUUUACUCAAGUGGAGAAAAGAAAGACGAAGUGUACCUGAAUUUGGUGCUGGAGUAUAUACCCGAGACCGUCUACAAAGUGGCACGUCACUACUCCAAAGAUGAACAAACAAUACCCAUUAGUUUUAUAAAGCUAUACAUGUACCAGUUGUUCAGAAGUCUCGCGUACAUUCAUUCACUGGGCAUCUGUCACCGGGACAUCAAGCCACAGAAUCUACUCCUCGACCCGAAGACUGGCGUGCUCAAACUCUGCGAUUUUGGUUCGGCGAAACAUUUAGUUCAGGGGGAGCCAAACGUCUCCUAUAUUUGUUCGCGAUAUUAUCGUGCACCAGAACUCAUUUUUGGUGCCACAGAUUACACAACUAAGAUAGACGUGUGGAGCGCGGGCUGUGUCGUAGCAGAGUUGUUAUUGGGUCAGCCGAUCUUCCCUGGUGAUUCUGGCGUGGAUCAACUCGUUGAAAUCAUUAAGGUUCUAGGUACACCAACGCGCGAACAAAUUCGAGAGAUGAAUCCGAACUACACUGAAUUCAAAUUCCCACAAAUCAAGAGUCAUCCCUGGGCUAAGGUGUUCCGUGCGUGCACGCCGCCCGACGCGAUCUCUCUAGUGUCCCGCCUGCUCGAGUACACGCCGGGCGCGCGGUUGUCGCCGCUGCAGGCUUGCGCGCACAGUUUCUUCGACGAGUUGCGCGAGCCGACCGCGCGGCUGCCGAACGGCCGCUCACUGCCGCCCCUAUUCAACUUCACCGAGUACGAGCUCAGCAUCCAGCCGUCGCUCAACGAGUUCCUGAAGCCGCGCGCGGCCGCCGCGCAGACGGACGCGCCCGCCGCCGCGCCCUCCGCUCACGUCGAUCCACACACGCCCACUGGCGAGAGCGGUUCUGCGGGCGCAUCGGCAUCGUAGACUCGCGACGUAUCCCUCGCGAAUCGACACUCGCUCGUAUGCUACUUAGUGAUAGUCAUUUUUCGUGUUGGCAUCGGGUAAAAUUAAAUGCAUAAUAGGUGUUUUCGGCGAGUAAUCGUGUGAUAACGUAGUGUAAUGAAAGCUUGAGCUGUCGUAGUCGGUGAGAAGGGUAAAUCCGCCGUAGAUUCUAUACCGUCGCGAUGUGAUUACUUUGUACUUUUGUAAGCUCGAAUUGUCUCAUGUCUCAUGUACAUACCUUAAAAAUUGAGUUCGAAGUGACGCUCGUUCGAUAAACGACAGAAUAUAUUAUCGUCUGGAUGAAAAAAAAAAUUGAUUUGUUUUAUUUUUUUUUCCGAGUGAACGCCAGCGUUCGCUCGUUUGCGACGUUGUAUCUGCGACGAAUAGACAGACACGUUUGUAUCACUAGAAUCACCUAUGAAUGAUAGCCAUGAUACCUACUUUAAUGGAGCGUAUACUUGCUUGGGCCAUGUAACCAGUAGGAAAGACAUAUUCAGUAGUGCAUUAGCGUAUUUCUCGUUGGUACGUAUCACUAACUCGUGAAAAUUGUACGAAGCGUAUACCUAGAGUUGUCUCAACAUUGAAAAUUAGCAAUGGGUAACAUUUUUUUUGCAAUAUAGAGAGCAUACUUGUAAAUUUUUAUAACUAGCAUAAACUGAUCUCUCAAGAUAAUUAUAAUAUUAACGAUAUCUCAGAAUAUUAUGUAUAAACAAUUCAGAAGAUAUAAAUUUUUAGAUUUACUACAUUAUAGAUAUUGUAUUUUUUUGGCAACUUCUGUGUUAUGGAACAUUUUUUUAUUGCGGUGUACCUCAUUUUAUCCAAUGCUGGGUAAAUGUAAUGUAUUUAAUAGCACUGUCGGUGUCCUAAUGUAACUACAUAGUUUUUCGAUAAUAUUGUAUUCUAUAUUCGAUAAAUGAUAUUUCUAUAAUAUAAAAUUUGUCAUUGAAAUCACUAUGAUUAUUAGUAGUCAUCUACGAGAAGAAUGUUGAAGUAAUGCUAUAAAUUUCAUUGUCAUAGUUUUAAGUAUUGAGUAAUUUCAUUUUGCACUUGUAUUUUGGCAUACAGUUACAAAUUAGGCAUCAUUCAAGUGUAGGAUAACGAAAUCUUUAUUAUGGUAUAGAAGUAGCCUAUUUUCAUAAUUUUUCUCGGUGUAAAGUCCAUUAUCUCUUGCACCAAGAUCGAGUGCCGAGUACGAAAGGCAGCUGAAGAUGCUUUGAUACCAGGGAAGUCUCUGUAGUACUUUCAAUUUCAUUUAGAGAUGUUGAUAAUAAAGGAAAUUUCAGUCUCAUGUUAUUUCGUAGCUUUACAUCAAGUUUAUGAAUUCAUAACAUAAGUGGAGUUACUAUCGAAAGUAUACAUUGACUUGCGUGGAUUACCCAGGUCCAGCCUCUUAUUUCGACCAAGCCAUUGUUGCACCUGUCUGACUACAUAAUUAUGACAUUAGUUUUAAUAUUACAACUGACACGCAGUUCAUAUCUGCCUUUUAUAAACUUAACGUUGUAACUUUAAAACGUCAUAUUUAGUAUUUUAAUAUUUCUUUUGAGACUAGCAUGCUUAACGGGGCGCUCGCCCGUACUUUACGCUGGGACCUUCAAAUUUUCUAACACAUAAUUACUUAUGUAUUACUUUAUGUACCUAUGUACUUUUAUAAUUACUUAUAAAUUAUUGUAUCUUAAGAAUGCGCUCGGCGCACCGUUUUCAAAUCACAUAGUGGAGCUUAGAUGUGGCCGUAAUGGCUAUUGAUUUGCCGACACAACUUUUAUAAUUCGUGUAAAUAUAAUUAUUAUAUAAUAAUCUGUACGGUAUGAGUCGAGUGGCGCGCGGUGGCAGUCGCAGUGUGGCAGUGAGGCCACCGCUAACUUGCUAAGGGACACGGUAGUUUAGAUAUGCAUAUUUUUAUUAAGUCUUAUCUAAUAUGAAUUUUGUAAUCGACGUUGCUUCUUAAGACCCUCUGUGUAAAAAUUGUAAGACAUACUAGUGACCUGAAUGUUUGAAGCGAUGUUAAUGAACGUCUCUAUCCCACUGAAUUCUCACUUUCACGAUUUACGUGCACAUUUACAUGAGAAUUUCCCAUAUGAAAUAAUGAUGCAUAGUUCGAGAUGGGGUUAUGACAUACAAAUUAUUUAAAGUAAAAGUUUUCUUAUUACUAUUUACUGUAAUAUUGAAUUUAAAUAGUGAGUGAAAUUUGUAUUUGUUUUAAUUUUUGUUUUACUGAAUUUGAAUACAUCGUAACACCCAUAUCGUUGUUAGUUAUGAAUGAAAAUAACAUUAUAAAAGUAAAUAUUAAAUGAAUAG